AUGGAUCUGAUGGAUCGAUUCGAUCAGAUCCUAAUGCGUGAACGGGACAUCCCGUACACAGCAGUGAGCCCUCCCAGUGGUAUGCUCUGGGAGUGGCUAGUGAUGCCACAGGGGCUAAGUAACGCCCCUGCAACGUUCAACAGAUGUGUUACGAAACUGUUGCGAUCAGUGCGCGAUUUCGCACCGAGUUACUUUGACGAUGUCUUUGUACAUAGCCGGAAUAUGGAUGGAAAGACGGACGUGGAGGUUCACAGGUACCACGUCCGAAGGGUUCUUACACUUCUGCGUGAGCACAAGUUUUUCGCGAACCUCAAUUAG